UCCAGCCCGGCCCAUAAUGCAAUUACCUCACUCCUCGAACCCCCGUCACUGUCUUUUCCAUUAUCCGCAACAUUACCCGCCGAGCUCUGUCCCUCCGACUUCGACUCCUCCAAUGGCUCAGGCCAUCUCCCUCCCCGCGCUCCCCACUCCCCACCACCACCACUACGCCGCGCCUCCCAGCCCGAGAACCUCGCGCGGAGCCUACUCGCCUUCCCUCCUCAGAGCCGACUCCCCCAUCUCCGCCGCGCUACGAGCCGGGGACGACUCCUCCUUCCGCGACGCCCGGUUCCUGCUCUCCCUGCUGCGCCAAUGCGGCGACCUGCUCCACGGCGAAGACGACAAGUCUCCGGUAGCGGAGCAGACCGACCUGGUGACUGCGCGGAGGCUCGCGCCGCAGCUGCACUCUCUGGCCGUGAGGGCGGGCCACGCGACGCGGGAGCCCCACGUGGCGUGCGCGCUCGCGGACCUGCUCGAGCGGCUGGGCCGCGGCGCGUCCGGCCGGCGGCUGCUAGCGGAGGGCGACGGGGAUGACUGGAAGGACGCGGUGCUGUGGAACAAGCAGGUGGCCAUGCUGGCGGAGGCGGGGGACUGGGACGGCGCGAUCGGCGCGUUCCGGGAGAUGCGGGCGCGCGGGGUGGCCGCCGACGGUUACGCGUGCGCCCGGGCUCUCCACGCGUGCGGCCGCGCUGGGCGACGGCUGGAGGGGCGGGCCGUGCACGCGCACGCGCUCCGGGUCGGCCUUGUCGACGCGCACCCGCUCGUCCCCGGGUUCCUCGCCGGAAUGUACGCCGAGGGCGCCGACGUGGCCGCGGCGACUACGGUGCUGCUUCGGACGGCCGGCGCUGGCGUUGUCGCGUGGAACGCGGUGAUCGCCUGCUGCGUGCGCCUCGGGCUUGUGGACGACGCCUUGGAACUCGCCGAGCGCAUGGCGAGGGACGCCGAGACGUCGGAGGCGGCGGAGCCCACGCUGGCAACAUGGAACACCGUGCUCUCCGGCUGCGCGCGCCACGGCCGUGACCGGGAGGCGCUCGCCGUCGUCCGCAGGAUGCUGGAGCAGGGCAUAUUGCCGGACGCCGCAACCGUGUCGAGCCUCCUCAAGUCCGUGGCCAACUCGGGGUCCCUCGGCCACGGCACGGAGGUCCAUUGCUUCUUCCUCCGGCACGGCCUCUCGCCGGACGCGUACACGGGGACGGCGCUCGUGGACAUGUACGCCAAGUGUGGCCGCCUCGACAUCGCCCAGAGAGUGUUCGACGGUUUGGAGCACCGGAACCUGGCCACCUGGAACUCGCUCGUCGCAGGGCACGCGAACGCCGGGCACUUCGACAGAGCGCUGGAGCUCGUGGAGGCGAUGAAACGUCACCGGAUUGACCCCAACGUGACCACCUGGAACGGGCUGAUCACCGGGUACGCCAUGAACGGGCUGAGCUCGCAGGCGAUGCUGCUGCUCCGGCAGAUCAAGUCCGCCGGCGUGGCGCCCAACGUGGUCUCCUGGACCUCACUGAUCUCCGGGAGCUGCAACGGCGGCGACUACCAGGACUCAUUCACCUUCUUCUCCGAGAUGCAGCAGGACGGCAUCCAGCCAAGCCUGGUCACCAUGCUGGUCCUGCUCCGUGCCUGCGCCGGCCUCGCCCUCCUGACCAAGGGCAAGGAGCUGCACUGCUUCGCGCUGCGGCGAGCCUACGACGGCGAGGUCGUCGUCUCCACGGCGCUCAUCGACAUGUACGCGAAGGCCGGGAGCCUGACGAGCGCCAAGAGGGUGUUCGGCCGGGUCCAGGGCAAGAACCUGGUGUGCUGCAACGCGAUGCUCACCGGGCUGGCCGUGCACGGGCAGGCGCACGAGGCGACGGCGCUGUUCCACGACAUGUGGAGGUCGGGGCUGAAGCCGGACGGCAUAACCUUCACGGCGCUGCUCACCGCAUGCCGGUCCAUGGGCCUGGUCACCGAAGCAUGGGAGUACUUGGACGACAUGGAGGCCAAGUACGGCGUGGCGCCGACGGCCGAGCACCACGCCUGCAUGGUCGACCUGCUGGCCCGUCGCGGGUACCUCGACGAGGCGAUGGCCUUCAUCGAGCGGUCGCCGGCCGAGCCCGGAGCGAGCUCAUGGGGCGCGCUCCUCACCGGCUGCGCCAUCCACGGCAACCUGGACCUCGCGGAGUCCGCCGCGAGGCACCUCUUCAAGCUGGAGCCGCACAACUCGGCCAACUACCUGGCGAUGAUGAGCCUGUACGAGCAGCACCAGAUGUUCGACGAGGCGGAGAGCCUCAAGUACGCGAUGAAGGCGAGAGGGGUGGACGCGAGACCGGGGUGGAGCUGGACGCAGGCCGGACGGAGCAUCCACGUCUUCGAGGUCGACGGCGGGUCGUCGCCGCACCCGGAGACGCCGGAGAUAUACGACGAGAUGAGCCGGCUGGUGUCCCAGAUGAGGAUGGUGGGGUACGUGCCGGACACCGGCUGCAUCGCCUACGACGUCCCGGAGGAGGAGAAGGAGCUGCUGCUGCUCUGCCACACCGAGAAGCUGGCCGUCGUCUACGGGCUGAUCCGGUCGGACAAGAGCCGGGCGCCCGUUAGGGUGGUGAAGAACACCAGGAUGUGCAGGGACUGCCAUGAGGUGAUCAAGCACGUUUCGGCUCUGUGUGGCCGGCAGAUUAUUCUUCGCGAUGCCUCCAGGUUCCACCAUUUCGUCGACGGCAAGUGCUCGUGCGACGACUACUGGUGAUCGGAGAGAUGGUUGGGUUAUCUGCUGGGUGUGGCAAUUUGGCCGCAGUUGGUUGCAGGGUUCUGAAUUAUUAUCAGAUAAUUAUAGCUCAACUACGAUCCUACAUUCUCGGGUUAAUUGACGUGAGAAUUGGCCAUUUAUGGAAAAAGGAACAGGCUCAACACAAGCAUUUUUUGA